AUGCAAUUCAUUACUGUGACUAAGCCUGGCCAACGUGCUUCAGCCCAGACGACGCGAAAAGCUCACUCUCACGCAGCUCGUGUCGCCCAUGCACGGACACGAAAACAAAGAAUGGUGCACUACCAGGGCCAAAAGAGACAGCAAAGCGCAACAAGCCAUGAUGAACCAAAUAAUCUACCGACAGAACUUGGCCUCCCACAGAUCAGCGGACUGCAAAAGCUAACAUCUGUACCUUUCACAUUACCUGGCGAUUUCCAACCCAGUAACAUAAUUUAUUUUAUUAAAUCCCUCUCGACACUUGAGCACUCCAUCUUUAGUCAAUAUCUUCAAACUGUCUUGCCCUCCCAAAUUGCACAUUGCCCUAUCAUCAUGGACAUCGCAGAACAAGCAGCUGAGAUCAGAAGGAACUGGAUCUUCUUCGUUUCUACUGAUCCAGUUCUUCUCCGAGGCUGUCUUCUUGCAGCAUGUCGAUACUUGGCUCAAGUUGAGCUCCGUGAUGAGUACACAUUGUUGGCCAUCCAGUACAAGCAAUACUAUUUACAAAGCCUUCGGAAGGGACUCUCUUCGCGGACUCUUCCGUCGCGUCGGAAUGCGGUUGCAAUGACCACAGUUCUCGCGCUGGAUGAGAUUACUUGUGGAGAUCACCUUGUCGCUGCAAAACAUGUACUAGGCGCCAUGAAGAUGGUUGAGGAUGCCGGUGGGCUCGACCGUCUUGGGCUGAAUCAUCUUGUCCGUUAUGUCCUCUACAACCUCAUGUUCGGCAAGCGAUUAUCAGAAUGGGAUGUGGAUCUACAACUGGCCUCAACGCUCAUGACACCAGACUCAAUACUGCCCUAA